GCAGCGCUCGGGCCUGGAGGAACUUCAGGCGGUGGGACGAGCUGCUGGAGAAGGUGGUCGUUGAACACGAGGGGGGGAGGAGCGGUGCCGGCAUGGAGGAGGAGGAGGAGGACUUCGUGGACGUGCUGCUGGCGCUGCGGGAGGACGGGCACGGGCAGGACGGGUUCGAGCUGAGCAGGGACAUCAUCAAGUCGCUCUUAGCGGACAUGUUCGCGGCGGGAACGGAGACGACCUACAUCGCGCUGGAAUGGGCCAUGUCGGAGCUGAUGAAGAACCCCGCGGCGAUGCGGAGGCUACAGCAGGAGGUCCGCAGCGCCGCCGGUGGCAUCGCCAAGGCCGACGCGCUCGGCGCGGGCACGCCCUACCUGAAGGCGGUGGUGAAGGAGACGCUCCGCCUCCACCCGCCGGUGCCGCUGCUCCUGCCCCGCGAGUGCAUGCAGGACGCCACCGUGCUGGGCUACCACGUCGCCGAGGGCACGCGGGUGUUCUUGGAGAGCGAGGUGGACUUGAGGGGCGGGCACUUCCAGUUCAUACCCUUCGGCGCGGGGCGGAGGAUCUGCCCCGGGAUGCAGUUCGGGCUCGCGACCGUGGAGCUCGCGCUCGCCAACCUGGUGCGCCUGUUCGACUGGGAGCUGCCGGACGGCAUGGCGCCGGAGGAGCUCGACAUGUCGGACGCGCCCGGGCUGACCACGCCAAGGCGGGUGGGCCUCCGGCUCAUCGCAAGGCCCGUUUGAGUGGGAUCAUGAAACAGUAGUAGGCCCAGCACGAAAAAUGAAGCGGUAGCGGGCCAGUCAAGCAACGUUGUAAAGCUCUAUUUCAUGAUUUCCCCCUAAAUGUUCUACUUAAAAAAAAUCUAGGGUUCAUCAAUGUGUAGCCGGUGAGACAUCUUUAUGUUGUUGUACAGUAUAAUAAAUAGUACUCCCUUUGUAAAGAAAUAUAAA